CACCGGCACCCCAACUAUUUCUCAUCCAGAAUCCCUCAAGGCGUCGCUUUCGCCCUCCUUGAGCAGCUCGGCAGAGAACGAGCAAGCGGGCCGGCAUCUCCCGAUGGCUUCUUGCAAGUUCCCUCUCCGGGUGUGCCCGUGAACGGCUUCUCUUCCUCGGCUUUGUUUUUCAAAUUGGGAGGGAGGGGAAGUGGCUGAAGGGCUCUCGCUCUCUCCUCCGCCGCCCCCCUUUUUUUCUUUCCUUUAUUAAAGACUCAGUUGCAGCCUGAUCGACUUAAGGCCACUCGGAAGAACGGGGACCGGUGCUUUGAGGCGAAACCUCCCCCAUCCCAUCCCAUCCCAUCUUUACACAGGGAAGGUAGAGGCGCAGAGGAGCUUUGCUUUGUCCCUUGAGAGCACUCGAUCGGCCUCUCGGAUUUCUCCUUCUACCGAGCCGCGCCGCCGGAAGACCGCGAAUUGAUGAAUUGUGGGCUGGAAGAACGCACGUCCAGCGCUCUUCCACUCCGGGAGGCGCAUUUUUGUUUUGUUACUUCAGCCGCGUUGCGAAAAAAGGAACGACCCCCCUUCCUCUUCCUCGAAGCCCCCCCCUCCUGCUGGCUUUGAGAUCCGAUCGGGAUAAGCAAACACAGGGUGCGAGGGGAGAAAAACCUCUCCCUCUUCCCCAGUCCUUUUUUUCCCACCCACUCCUUCCCAGUUUAGGAUAGUUUGGGCACUUCGCGGCCGAAUCGGAGAUUUCGCGUGUUCACACACGCCUGCAAAGACACACACAUCCUCUUCCCCGCCACCCCUCCUUGUUAUGUUGUUGGCUUGAGCUCCCCGUUUUGGCCACGCGGACUGGAAAAAGAAGGCGUUCGGGGUUGUGUGGAUACGCAGGCGCCUGGUCUGCUCCCGGAUUCAGUAAAAAAAAUCGGAUCGUAUUCGGAAUAAUAAUAUAAAAGAGUGACUCUCCCUGCCUUAGUCGGGAUUUAAAGGAGGGAAGUGCGCGGGGGAGGGAAGGCGAGGAGCCUCGCUGCGCGCAUCUGCCUCGUCGCCCAAAGCCGUGCCCAGAGGGAAAAGCCGGAGGAAGACCGAGCCGGGAGGCGCUAUGGCGAAGCUUUGGGGAGCCCCGGUCACGGUGGCCGGAGUGGUGUUACUUUUGCAGUGUUUGGCUGACCGGGUGCAGCUCCUCGGAGCCUUGAAGCCGAAGUCGAAUCACGGUGCACUUUAUGAAAUAAUUCAGAGCAUCCCUCAAGUGGAAGAGAAUGUGCGUGUGAACUAUUACAAAUACAACCACAGAUGGAAGCGGCAUUCAGAGUCCCUCAAGUCGGUGGACACCAACAGGGCCAGCGUGGGGCAGGAAUCCUCAGACCCUGGAGGCUUCACAGACCUGCUGCUUGAUGACACACAUGAUAAUACCACACAGAUCGAGGAGGAUAUGGAUCACAAUUACUACACCUCUAGGACGUAUGGACCAUUUGAUUCCGCCAGCCGAGAUCUAUGGGUGAACAUAGACAAAAUGGAGAAAGAUAAAGUGAAGAUUCAUGGUAUCCUCUCCAACACACACCGGCAAGCAGCAAGAGUGAAUCUAUCCUUCGAUUUCCCAUUUUAUGGCCAUUUCCUACGUGAAAUUACUGUGGCAACUGGGGGUUUUAUAUAUACAGGAGAAGUUGUACAUCGAAUGUUAACGGCUACACAGUAUAUUGCACCUUUGAUGGCCAACUUUGACCCAAGUGUGUCAAGAAAUUCCACUGUCAGAUACUUUGAUAAUGGUACUGCUCUGGUUGUGCAGUGGGAUCAUGUUCAUUUACAAGAUAAUUACAAUCUGGGCAGUUUCACAUUCCAGGCGACUCUUCUCAAUGAUGGGCGUAUCAUUUUUGGCUAUAAAGAGAUUCCUAUUUCAGUGGCACAGAUAAGUUCAACCAAUCACCCUGUGAAAGUUGGGCUUUCCGAUGCCUUUGUGGUUCUCCACAGGAUCCAGCAAAUUCCCAAUGUGCGCAGAAGAACAAUAUAUGAAUAUCAUAGAGUAGAGCUUCAGAUGUCAAAGGUUACUAAUUUGUCAGCUGUUGAGAUGAUUCCUCUACCUACCUGUCUCCAGUUCAACAGCUGCACGCCCUGUGUCACAGCUCAAAUUGGCUUCAACUGCAGCUGGUGUAAUAAGCUCCAAAGAUGUUCCAGUGGAUUUGACCGCCACCGACAAGACUGGGUUGAUAACGGCUGCCCUGAAGAGUCUAAAGAUAAGAUUUGUGAGAAGAGUUUAAGCACAACUCAGAUGCCUCCUAAGGCCACCAUUGCUAUCCAGCAAACGACAACAAGAUUUAGAGUUUUAACCACUACAAAAGGAGUCAUGACAUCCCAUCUUCCAACUAGUUUACCCACAGAAGAUGAUACCAAGAUAGCUCUACACCUAAAAGAUAAUGCAGCUUCGACGGAUGACAGUGCAGCGGAGAAGAAAGGUGGAACUCUUCAUGCAGGCUUAAUUGUCGGCAUUUUCAUACUGGUCCUCAUAGUUGCAGCAGCAGUACUUGUCACAGUCUACAUGUAUCAUCAUCCCACAUCAGCAGCCAGCCUCUUCUUCAUCGAGCGUCGCCCAAGCAGGUGGCCUGCCAUGAAAUUUCGGAGAGGAUCUGGACACCCUGCAUAUGCUGAAGUGGAACCUGUUGGCGAGAAGGAAGGUUUCAUUGUAUCCGAACAGUGCUAGGAUUUCUCAGGCAGAUCACCAGUACUGGCCUACAGGUGUAAGACAUUUACUCUGCCUCUCAUUGAAGAAAAGGAAACCUAAGCUGCUGUAACCCAGGAGAGAGAGACAGACAGACAGACAGAAUGGAUUUCUGGAUAAACUUUCUCCAAGGAAAAAGAACUACAUGCGGGAUACUUGGUGACCCUUUCAGUGAGAUUCUGUUUGUCAGACAAAAUUGGUCAAGAGUAUUUCAGUUGCAUGCUUCUGAAAAACCUGUACUAUGACAGUGAUGGACACAGUUGCCACGUUCUGAGUUUAAGAGUAGGAGAUGUAGAGCAAUCCAGGAAAUCUAAGGAAAGCUUUAGUUCCAAACAGUGCUUCCCUAUUUGAUCCAGCACCAUGCUGUGCGCUUUUUAACUGUUACAAAUGGGUGCUCUUUCAUGCCCGGAGGCAAUGCUCCUCCUUGUCAAGGCUGCUGGUGAGACCACUCCAAUGCAGAUAACAUAGCUUAGCAAUUUUCUAUACUUUCAUGAGCCAUGCUAUGGGGUUUUUUUCCUUUCCAUUCCAUAGACACAAUAUAUAUCUGAAAAUAGCAGAGUGUUUCUUGUAUAUUGUAGGCUUCUAUUGUUCGGACUGUGGUUUUUAAGGAAAAAAAUCACAAUUACAGUUCUAUUGUUGGAAAAAAUAAGAAAGAAUUUGGUUUCAGGGUUUUUUGUUGUUGGUUUUUUUUUUAAGAAAUGCAAGGUUUUCACUAUGGUGAAAGUGGGCUGCCAGCUGGAUUAAGUGCAGUGAAAUUGGACUAAUAUUCAGUCUCAGUGUUCACAAAAUAAAGACUGAGGAUAUCAUUCCCUUGAGUGUAACAGUGUAUUUACACCACAUUCUUCAUGCAGUUUGAUGUUAUUUUUACUGCCAUGGCUCCAUCUUAUGGACUGCUGAGAUCUGUAGUGUUUGAUAAUUAUAACAAUAGAAUACUGUAUUCAGAAGUGGUUUACGCUUUUGGGGGCAUCCUGGGGCUGUGCAGCUUGCCCAAGGCCACACAGGCUGGCUCUUCUCCCAGUGGGAAAUCAAGCUCCCAACCUCUGGCACAACAGCCAGACACUGAACCACUGAGAUCCCUAGCCAGCCUAGUCUUUGGUAAGUUACUUAGAAUUUUUUGCUAGAGAGUUCUUUGAGUGUUCCUUUGAACUAGAGCAACAAACACUCAACUGUUCAUCAGGCUAAAAAUCUGAGAAUUCCAUGGAAUGAGGCCCUGGCAGUUAAAUUCCUAUCAAAUUGCUAUAUGUGUAAUGAAAAUUCACUGUAAGAUCCACAGAACUCAAUGGGAUUUAACAUCAGAGGAACUGUGCAUAGGCUUUGUCUGUUAGCUUCAGGCAUAUUGCUUGCAAACCCUGAAAGCCUGAAUCAGAAGUAGCGAAUGUCUCUGGCAAAUGUUGGGAGGAAACUACCGUCAUAGGCAACAGGGUAAGGGACUAGUAUGAUUUUAAAUUCUUGCUGUUUUGUCACUGGUCUCUUAAGAAUAGCAUCGUUGGUUCCAAUGCACCCCUCUCCUAGAUAAACAUUAAAAGUCUUGCAAUCCCUGCAGAUUCAUGUAGAAAUAUUGUUUAAUGCACAUAGUAGCUUCAUAGAUAUAUACAUAAAUAUAUAUAUAUAUAUUAAAUAUCUAUUUUUUUUAUAGCUAACACAAGGCAGGCUCUUGUGACUGUUAAAGAUUGCAUUUUUUGCCAUCCAGACGAUGGAAAUAGAUUGCAUUACUGCAUAUUUCCACUGAGUUGUAAAAUAAUCCUUAAUAUUAUAAUAAAUGUUUAUGUUGUAUAGGGAAAGUGGUUCAUUUAAGUGCAGUGCUGCAACUUUGCCUGCCUUUUGGAACCACAGUUUCUUUAACAACAGAACCCUUUCCUUCCCUGAUUAGGGAAAGAUAAAUAUUUUUUAAAAUCUGCCAGUGAAAAUAUUCCUUUGGAUGGAAAGGGGGAAAUAUACACUGAGUUAGUAAAACAUCUUUUCAGAUUUUGUAUGGACAUCGCAUUGUGAAUUUUGCCAUUCAUCAUUUUUCACAUGCAAUAUGAGCAGAAGCACUUGAAUUACGGUAAGGAACAACAAAGCAGUUUCAGGUUUUGAGUUACUCAGAUAACUGUUUUAGGUGCCACCUUUAUAACACAGUUCUUUACAAUGUCAUGUCAAUACUUGUAUGGUAUCUGUUUUUUUCAAACAACAACCUGAUUUUUACUUGUUACUUCCUUCAGUAAAUAAUACAAUACCAUAUUUUCUCUGUUCAUUAUUUGUUCUGUUUAAUCCAUUUUGCUGUUUGUUACCAAGUCACCAAGAAUGAGCUUAAGGACAGUGCUCUUGUUUUGAAACUGUGCUCUUGUGUUGAAACACCAACCAUUAUCUGUAGGUAAGAAAACAUUUCUUACAAUAUCCUGUUCUCUUGUGUAUGAAAGAAACAUAGUAUGCUGCCUGCUAUUAGACAAGCUUUCUCAGCUGCCAGUAGUAAGCAGAGAAGAGCCAUUGCCCACAAAGCCUUCCUUCCUACCAGCUCUCGAUUCUCUU